AUGCCCAUCCCCGUCCCCGCCGCCUCCUCCCUCCUCGACCUCCUCAGCCUCAAGGGCAAAACCGUGGUGGUAACCGGCGCCUCCGGCCCCCGCGGCAUGGGCAUCGAAGCCGCCCGCGGCUGCGCGGAAAUGGGCGCCAACAUCGCCCUCACAUACGCCUCCCGCCCGGAAGGCGGCGAGAAGAACGCAGCCGAGAUCGCCAAAACCUACGGCGUCAAGGCCAAGGCCUACAAGUGCAACGUGGGCGACUGGGAGAGCGUCCAGAAGCUGGUCGCGGACGUGAUCGCCGAGUUCGGACAGAUCGAUGCCUUUAUCGCGAAUGCGGGGCGCACCGCCAGCGCGGGGAUCCUGGAUGGCUCCGUGAAUGACUGGGCGGAGGUGAUUCAGACGGAUCUGACGGGCACGUUUUACUGCGCGAAGGCUGUCGGCCCGCACUUCAAGGAGCGGGGAAAGGGCAGCUUCGUCAUUACGAGCAGUAUGUCGGGCCAUAUUGCGAACUAUCCGCAGGAGCAGACGAGCUACAAUGUUGCCAAGGCGGGGUGCAUUCACUUUGCCAAGUCGCUGGCGAAUGAGUGGAGGGAUUUUGCCCGCGUCAACAGUAUCUCGCCGGGGUAUAUCGAUACCGGCUUGUCGGAUUUCGUGGACAAGAAGACGCAGGACCUGUGGCUGAGUAUGAUUCCCAUGGGCCGCAACGGGGACGCGAAGGAGCUCAAGGGCGCGUACGUGUAUCUGUGCAGCGAUGCCAGUUCCUACAUGACCGGGACCGACCUGCUCAUUGACGGGGGGUACUGCAUUCGUUGA